AACGAAGGCCACCUGUAGCCGCCAUCGCCAUGAAGGUCUCCGAUGAAGCUCCGCGGCGGGGUCCCCUCGACUCCACAACAUCGGGUUUCUCGGCUGUCUCUUCGAAUUCCCGGCGAUCAAACCUUGUGUCAGGAUCGCUCGUUUCGCUCCAACAGGGAGCGAAGUUCAUGUGGCGGAAAAAAUGGCUCAUACCAGUACUUCACUCACAGUUUUGGUUCUCCGCGUGCUUUUCCCUAAUGGCUCCGUUCUUCCCGAAUCUGGCUCAAAAAAGAGGUAUCCGACAGACUACUUGCGGCUUCAUAUUUUCCGUGUUCAAACUUUUCAUGUUCAUCGGAUCCUUCAGUUCCGAGAAAUUGAUAGACAGAUUCGGACCGGUGCCACUCUACGUAGCUGGACUAGUAGGAACCUUCAUCUUCGAUGUGUCUAUCGGAUCUUUGUAUUGGGUGGGCGAUCCGGAUAUAUUUUUGGGGCUCGCGUUCCCGCUGGCUAUUGCUGGAGGCUUCUUGGCGUGCUCGUAUUCGGUGUCGAUGUACUCAAUGGUGACUGAACGAUUCAGUGAAAAGCCUGGAUUGAUAAUCGCUUCAAUGGAAUUCCUGUGGGGAAUCGGGAACAUGGUAGGGACAAUGGCUGGAGGCUUCCUAAUCGAAUUCUGGGGAUUUCCUUUCCCAUUCUUUGCGCUCGGCGUCAUCAUGAUUCUGCUCAUUCCAACGAUUAUACGGAAUGGUCCGCUGCAACCUUCAAAGAGUAUGAGAGACCCAAUCGAGGAACACUCGGAAUUGAAAUUUCGACCGCGGAACUCCAUCGCAUCUCUAGGCCGACAGAGUGGAGUGUCAGUGAUGUCCAGUAUUUCGUCGCAACCUGACCAGCCGGUCAGAUACAAAUACAUGAUCCUCCAACCACUGUUCAUAAUCGAUAUGAUCACAGUGAUGUUCUCUUGGAUUGUCAUGAGCUUCAACGAACCGACGCUUCAGACCUGGCUGUCCGGGCAGUUCCGUCUGACAGACUCAGGUAUCGGCAUCGUGUUCUGCGUGCAAUACGCUUGCUAUGCGAGUGGAGCUCUCCUCUCAGGCUUCGUUUCGUCUUUCGGGCACGAAGAGUUCCUGCUCUUUCUCGGCCAGGUCUGUACCGCUCUGGCGUACUUGCUCAUCGGACCCGUCCCAUUCAUCAACCACGAACCCUCCAUGAGCUUCAUCUACCUGUCGCAAAUUUUCACGGGAUUCGGGAUGGCCGCUCAGUUCGUAUGCGGAUUCGCCCACGCCCUCAAGAUAUCGAUAAAGGCGGGAUAUCCAAAGAACAUCAAAACUUCGGGUGUUGUGGCGAGUGCAACGUUUGUUUUCAUGGUUCUCGGCGCUAUUGUUACACCACCAAUCGCUAGUUUUGUCGUCGAGGAGUUUGGCUACCGCCAGGGAACCAUGUUCAUUUUCUGUCCACUUGCGGCAUGGAGUGUGGUGAAUUUCGGUGUCUUCAUUUACGGAUUGAAGGAUCUAGUCAGUCGCUCACCUGAUAGUGACGAAGCGUUUGCUUGAGACUUCCAGCCGUGGGAAGCGAGGUAAACCAAACCGAGGCCGCGGCUCCGAUCCUCGGAGGAUGACGACAAGCUCAUUAGCGGCAGGAUACUUCACUAGCGUUCAUGUAGUCGAUUCUCACGGAAGCUCCACAGACGAAGACGCACGGGAGAGCCGCAAAAAUCAUCUCUUUUGUACCUCGUCCGAGUUUUCCGGACAUUUGAUUCUGCCCUUCUGCACCAGUGACGGGCAUUCCGAUCCCCGAGCUGUAUAUAAGUGAAUACGCGAUCCGAAACGUCCGACCUGUAUAUUAUUAUUGCAAAGAUCUUUCGAUAGCAGGCCGGCCGAUCUCGGCUCAAUCCGGCUCAGCGCCCCUGCCGAAUUACUUCCCUCCCUCAGGACGAAUGGUUUCACCCGCCCCCUCCCCCCGCGUCAUGCCAGGCUCCGAUGGAAAGAGAAUAAAACACGAUCCGGCAAGGGUUUAAGGCACAGGGAUCA